AUGGCCGCACAAAAUGGAGACGUACGAUGUAACCUGCGAAUUUCCCGCCACGGAGUUUACAAAGACCUCAGGACUGCCUCUACACCUGCAGAGGGUGACGGGACCAUCUUCGAAUGGUUCAGGCCAUUCAACCAUGAACGCAUCACCAACGAAGCAUGCUCCUUGGAACUUAUCUCUCGCGAGACGACGAUUCCCGUGCCGCGGCUCGUCGACUAUGGGGUUCACGAGGACGGACGCGAAUUCUUGUUCACCGAGCGCGUAAAAGCCGUCCUUCUCAGUGGGACGACGAGAUAUGCUUUCCAAAACGGUGACUUCGCACCUCAUAUUAUCAUGAUCGAUAAAGGCACCCUCGAGGUUGUAGCCUUGGUUGAUUGGGAAUUUGCGGGUUACUUUCCAGCAGGGCGGGAGGGAUACCAGGCAUGGAUCGCAACACUGAAACCAUCAAAAGACUCUGUAGCUGACACGAAAGCGACGGCGCGGAAGAAGAGGAGAUUGUGCAGGUUAUCACGACCUUUUACCCCGAAGAGUACUUUGAAUGUUACGAUAAGUAGCAUGAUAAGAGAGAAUUGCGUAUUUUGGUGGAUGAUGGGCAAUUACCGGACCCUGAUCUGCUAA